AUGACUCUCACUGACCACCCAAUUGACACCCCUCCCCGCGCUCCAUCGCCCGUCCACGGCUUUGGCACACUUGCCGUACACGCCGGCUCACCUCAUGACCCCACAACCGGUGCCGUAAUUGAAGCCAUCUCCCUCUCGACCACCUUCGCACAAACCGCCGUUGGAAAGCCCGUAGGCCUCUACGAAUACUCGCGCUCCUCGAACCCGAACCGUGAUAACUUUGAGAGAGCAGUUGCAGCACUCGAAAAUGCAAAGUAUGCUCUCUCCUUCGCAUCUGGGUCUGCCACCACGGCGGUGAUUCUGCAGAGCCUGGCGGCUGGAAGCCAUGUCGUGAGCGUGAGCGAUGUGUAUGGAGGGACCCAUCGGUAUUUCACGCAGGUGGCGAAGGCGCAUGGGGUGAAAGUCACUUUUACACCGGAAAUCGAGGUUGAUAUUAGAGAGCAUAUUACGCCCGAGACGAAGCUGGUAUGGAUUGAGACACCUUCGAAUCCGACUUUACGACUUGUGGAUAUCCGAGCUGUAGCUACGCAGGCACAUGAACACGGUAUUUUGGUUGUGGUGGAUAACACCUUCAUGUCUCCAUAUGUGCAAAACCCUCUCGACCACGGAGCCGAUAUCGUCGUCCACUCGGUUACGAAAUACAUCAACGGCCACUCAGAUGUGGUGAUGGGCGUAGCGGCUUUCAACUCAGAUGCGAUGAAGGACAGAUUGGGAUUCCUGCAGAAUGCAAUUGGUGCCAUUCCCAGCCCGUUCGAUUGCUGGCUUGCGCAUAGAGGCCUGAAGACACUGCACUUGAGAGCGAAAGAGGCGACAGUUAAUGCUACAGCCGUAGCAAAAGCACUCGAAAGCAGUCCGCAUGUCAUUGCUGUCAACUACCCUGGUCUCGAUUCCCACCCACACAGAGGUAUCGCAAGAAAACAACACAGAAAUGGUAUGGGCGGUGGCAUGCUCUCUUUCCGCGUCAAAGGUGGUCAUGCCGCAGCUGAACGAUUCUGCCAGACCACCACCAUAUUUACCUUGGCGGAGAGUCUGGGUGGUGUAGAGAGCUUGGUCGAGGUCCCAAGUAGCAUGACGCAUGCAGGUAUUCCCAAGGACCAGCGGGAGGCAGUGGGUGUCUUUGAUGAUUUGGUGCGGAUUAGCUGCGGCAUUGAGGAUGCGGAAGAUUUGAAGGCCGAUGUACUGCAAGCUUUGGAGAAGGCGGUCGUAUCCCCGAAAAUCUCGCAUGGGCUGAAUGGGUUUGCUAAUGGGUAUAUUUCCUGA